CUGCUGCUGACAUACCCAAGUUCUCGCAACUCAGAAGUGAUCCAUGCCGGUGCGAGACAGACAUUGGAAGAGGUAUAUCUUGUCAAUGCUUAUUGUCGACGAUUAAAGGUCUCUACUAUCCGCCUGAUUCCCUGAAGAUGCGAUUGUGCCUCAGGGGGAGAGAGCUCAUGUAUGACUAUUGCAAGAGGAACAACGUUCCCCACCGCAAGACAGGGAAGCUCGUAGUGGCCCAAGAGCACCAAGUUCCGUACAUCGAAACUUUGUACCAGAAGAUUCGACAGCUCUCCUGGCCUCCACAUUCCGAUUCAACACGAAUAGAGGAUCCGGUAGUUCCCUCGAGACUCGUCGACAAGGACGAAGCACAUACACUGGAACCAGACCUGUCUAGCAAAAUUGUCGCGGCGCUGCUCAGCACGGAAACUGGCAUAGUCGAUUCGCAUUCUCUCAUGGAAAGUUUCGAGAAAGAUAUCACAGAGGCUGGUGGCGAGCUCGUGUACUCGACCAGAGUUGUCCGAGUAGAUCCCCACGCAGGAUCGUCCCAGGCAGAAGGCAAUGCCUCCGAAGAGGUAGCGGAGGAUGGAUGGAUCGUACAGACAAUGACAGGGAACGCAGAAGAGAGCGACGCCUUGCUCGCACGCACCCUCAUCAGCGCGUCUGGCCUUGCAGGCCCAAUGAUCCUGAACGCGAUGCUUCCACCCAGGGAACGAAUACCGAUGUACUACGCAAAGGGCUCGUAUGCGUCUUACCACGGGCCGGGUGUCUCUCAAGUCUCUCAUCUCAUCUAUCCAAGCGUCGGGAUGGGAAGAACACUUCAUGGAUUCCAGUCGCUGGGUACACAUCUUACCUUGGACUUAAACGGCAAUAUUAGGUUCGGUCCAGAUAUCGACUGGCUCAACCCGCCCCCUCUGGAGAUUCAGGAUGACGUAGAGUUUACGGAUUUCAAUUUUUGGACGAAGCACUUAGUGGCAGAUGAGUCCCGUUUACCGCAGAUGCACGAGGCAAUUACGGAGUACCUCGAGACGAUACAACUAGAAGGGCUACAGCCGGAUUACUGUGGCAUUAGGCCGAAGUUGGUGGGGCCCGAAGGCGGCUUUCAAGAUUUCGUUUUCCGCACGGACUACCCUGGGAGCUUCGUAUCCUCAACGAAACGAGCGACCCGGACUGGCAGGGAUACCAGCCCUAUGAUAACCCUCAUGGGUAUCGAAAGCCCUGGCCUCACAUCUUCUCUUGCGAUCGCGGAGUUGGUUGUAGAUGAUAUGUUGGAUGAGAAAGAAGGCCGUGAUUAGGUCUGCCAGUGGAAUGUACAUCGUAUCUAGCAGAGAUAAUAUUCCAUUAACGCGUCUUAGUCUCCGCGGGUGGCCACAGUUGGCUGCCACGCCGUGACCUUAGGCUUUGUGGUGUUAUAGGGUUUGUAGGCACCACGAGUGCCAGUUAAGUUCUCGACCCAAGGCUAGGGGGUGCA